ACUGUGAUUGUCAUGACACUUACAACGCUUUUUGUGUGAAGUGUUUUUUCUGACAGCCUAUUAGGUAGUGCAUUGACAGUUUAUCGUGACAACAAUUUCAAGUGACGGUGCAAAUAUACAGUAGUCGGCAUGGCUGCUGUUACGCCUCGUGACAUCGAAGAUAUCAAGAAAAUGGUCAAAAAGAAACUGGAACUUUACAUAAAUAGGGAAAAGCGAGAAAAUCUCUUUGAUCCGUCUGGAGCAUGCAGAACAACAAGAAAAAUGUACAAGUAUGAUCUGAUGUACAAAGUGAUCAACUACGACGUAUUUGACAAACAAAGUCCUAGAUACAAAAACAGGAAGAAGAAAGGGAAACAUGAAACGCCAGUGGAAUAUGACCACAAGACCGAAAAAGACAAACAUAAAAAGCGAGAGUCUUCUGAAGGGGGCAAGAGUGAACCUAGAGGGGCGGAUGUGUCAGAGGAGUUUGAGAACAUGAUAUACCCCCAUCUAGAGGACACCACUCGUAGAGUAACGCUGUACAGGGAAGCGGACAGGAUCACCAAAUAUGCCAAUGAGGUCUAUGACAAAUAUAAUAUGGAACAUCUUCAGACGAUACACCACUUUCGGCCGAGUUCUGAACAGGACCACGUAAACAGGGGUCUUGAUUCAGGAUAUCUACACAACUAUACCCGACAUGUCGGAUCUAUCCUUCACGCCAAGACAUACGUCGACUUCUACAAGAAAGAAGGUCUACACACUGGCGACAAAAGCAAGUCCAAAAGACUACAGGAACUGCCAACAAAGAAACCAAAAGAGCCAGAAAGCGACAAACCAACUCCAAAAGAGGAAACAGAGCAGUAACAUGGUCAGAGAAGGGAGUUAACUCUUAAUUACAGCUUUUCAUAUUACAAUUAUGUUUAAUAAGAAAUAGCACUUAUCGUGCAAAGCUAAACCAUGAAAAAUAAAACCUUAUAUAAAUAAAGAUUAUACUGUCAAACAUGUUUAUAUGACUAUAUCUAUAUAUAUUACCUCUGUAAAGAGACCACCUGUGAUAAAAGACCGCUAAAAUAUGCUCCCAUCGUUGUGAUGUCAUCAUGAACUUAACCUGUAUUAAAAGGCCACGUCUGUUGAAAGACCACUUUUUGGAUAUCCCAAGGAUAGCCUCUCAAUACAAAUUUGACUGUUCUUUUGUUCAGACUAAUGAAAUCUGUUGGCAAGUCUAACUGUAAAAAUACCAUGAAAAUAUAUUUAGAUGGUAGAUUAUUAACUAUAUUUUUCAAAUUAUGUUUUUAUAAUAAUUCAAUUAUGAAUGUGAUAGUUAUCUUCUAUAUAUAUUUUUUAUUAAGUAUCUAAAAUUGAAUGCAUAUUUAUUAUACCCCAGCUUCGGCGAAGUCGGGGGUAUAUAGUGUUUGCUUCGUCCGUCCAUCCGUGCGUCCAUCCGUCCGUCUGAAAGGAUUCCGGAGCAUAUCUCCCGUACUAUUUCAUCUAUGGUUAUGAAUCUUGGUUUGUGGGUACAUGCAUAGAAGGUGGUGUGUCACGUACCAUAUGUAGGUCACUGUGACCUCUAAUGUGACCUCUGACCUACAUAAUGUCGUCAGUAAGGUUUCCGGAGCAUAUCUCCCGUACUAUUUCACCUACGGUUAUGAAUCUUGGUUUGUGGGUACAUGCAUGGAAGGCGGUGUGUCGCAUACCAUAUGUAGAUCACUGUGACCUCUACCGUGACCUCUGACCUACGUAACGUGAGACUUGAAGCAUAUUAACUCUUCACUUGAUUAUUCCAAUCCACAUGCCCAUCACUCCCACCAAUUUCUGAUCAAUCAAAGCUGGGGUAUUCACGAAGACCCCCUUCCAGUUACAUCUAGUUUAUUUUGGAAAUGAAAAAAAUAUUUAUUAUUUUAGAUAUGAAUUAAUACCUAUAUAUAAAUAUAAAAAGAAAUCAAAUUUUGAUUCCCUAAAGCUUUGAUUUUUUAGAUGUGGUUGGUAUUCAGCAAUUUUUUUUCUUCAAAAUUUGCACCCAACAUAUAGAUUGUUUUUGAAAUGCGUUUUUUUCAUUUAUUUAUUUAUAUUAGCGACAGCAAAUUCGUAGUGCUCUUUCUCUAAAUAAUUGCAAAUUUCAAUUACAAUCAUGUUACUGUACAAAUAUGCUCAUCCUUGAGAUGUAUUCCAUCAAAUACAUUCACAAUAGCUAAUAAUUUCUUAAGGAUCUCCGUACCAUUGCCAAAAAACUAUAACCGUGAAUUGGAAACUUGUUUACCCGUAAGAUAAAAACUUUUAUCAGUCAUUUCUGAAAUGAAAUCCAAACCUUGCAGAACGUCAAUGUAAGACUGAUAAAAUAAAAUACUAAAAAAAAUCAACAACAUUGUCCUGAAAGUACCACAAAUGUAAGGGGGCCAGAUGGUUCGAACCCUAGACCUCUGAUCUCAAUACGGUUGCUUUAACCAUGUGAAUUUCUUGAUCAGCACUCGUUCCUACGACCAGUUCCACUAAUGUAAUUCAGUAUUUAAAACGAAAUCAAGGGGAGGUAAUUUUUCAUGUAGGCAUGAACAACUGCAGUGGAACUCUCUAGUGUUUUGUCUGCAGUGGGACAGGGAUCCUUAAAUUGAGGGAUGAGAUUGCGAUAUAUUUCCUGUGAAAUAGCUCUUAUGAGAAAUGUAACUAUUGUAUUAUGUAAAAUACUAAUUGUAGAUGGGAGUCCAAUUUUAUACUGUAUUUGCAUCAUGCCAAAAUUGCAUGUAUUGUCAGCAUUAAAUUAGUAAAUAUAAAUGUCUUAACCAGUCCGUCCACGCCACUCCUACCUGCCAAUGAAAUUUUGUUGAAACCUAAAUACUUUAGAAUCUGUUGAACGCUUCAACACUAUUUUAUUUAUUGUUGCUGAGAGAAGUUGCUAUAGUCGUUCAUGUGAUUUCAGGUUUGUUUACAACAGGUAUGAACUAACAAAUGUACAGGUAGUUAAAUUCUUAAAGAUGUGAGUGUCUAGUAGUUUUCUUGUAUAAUACUUUUUUUGUUGAAUUGAGGAAUGUCUGAUAGGUACAUGUAACAACUAAAUGAUUACCUUUCAAAUAAAACAGUAGAAGAGUAAACACAAAAAAAACUUUUUUGUCCCCUUUAUCAAUAAGAUUUAAGCAUUUUUUCUUCCCAAUUUUAUUAACAAAAAUGCUAAAAUCUUUGAAAAAAAAAAAAAAAUCUUAUCAAAAAGCACAAUUUAAUUGCUUGAUAUUCCUAGUUAAUGCUUUAUGACAAGGAUUUAUAUGGGAAAUUAAGAGAAUUCAGCAUUUUUCAAGAAAAAAGAAUGAAGAAAAAUCCACAAUUUUGCCAGAUAACAAGGAAAACUAUUGAAAUAAGUGAAAUUUGAACUUGUCUAGGAACGAAGACUGAUAACAUUUUGAAAAAAAAAGAAUGGACAAGUUACAGGCUAACAGGUUAUACAUUGUUAUAUUUAGGUUUUAAUGAAGAAAUGUUUGUUGAUGUUGUGUUUUGUUAUGUUGUUAAAUACACUUAUAAGCAUGUAACUGUUAUAAGGUCUCACUUGUUAAAAUAGUUAAAUAUACUGUUAUUCAAAUUUUAUAUUUAAAUUGUAACUUGUGAUGGUGAAUGUUCUAUUUCUGUUUAAACAGAAUUUUGAGAUAUUUGCAAGUAUUUACAUGGCAUUUGAUAUAAUGUUUAGGGCCACUGGGGCCAAGUGGUUAAGGCGUCUGACAUUCUGCUACUGCUAGCCCUCUACCAUUGGGUUCAGAGUUUGAGACCUAUGUGGGGCAGUCGCCAGGUACUGGUCGUAGGUCGGUGGUUUUUCUUAAAUGACCAAAGAUGUUAAUAGGACAUAAAACACAAACAAACAAAAAUUUAGGUCACCUGAGGCACCCAUCUGUGGUGUGUCAUCCGUCGCAUGUAAACACUCAAAUUUUCUACUUUUUCUAAGAACCGAACUGUCAAAUUUUUAUGAAACUUGUUUGUUAUCAUCAGCCUGAGGUUGGGAUCAGAAUAUAUGCUCCAGAAGGGACUGACCACCCUGGGGACUUAGGCACAGGACCAUAAGAAGUCAGAGUGCAAAAUGUUCAAAAGACUUUUCCUCUGAAACGGACAGGUGGAUUUUCAUCAACGUUUUUCUUAAAAGAAGCCUUAGCUGAUGAGGUCCUUACUUUAAUCUGAUUUCUAUUUUUCUUUCUUUGGACAACUAAAAUGUUCAUUUUCCAUGUCCUCUUUUAUUGUUGACAUCAUUAUAACAAGCGAAAAUCUCAGCACCUUCAUUGCUCAUACCAAUAUACUGUUAAUUUGCUAAGACUUGUGACUUUUUUUAAUUCAAUUGCUAAAUGACGUAACAGUGAACCAACUUCUGGCUAUUUCUGAUGCUGUCCUUAACUCAGGUGACAGUUGGGGCCCUGUGGGCCUCUUUCUCAUAGAAAUGUCAGAGUACACAUUAACAAAAACUGAAAUCUAAAAACAGAUGGGUGGGAGGAAAGUACAAUUUUUAAGAAUAUAAAUUUUAUUGUUGUUUCUAUAACUGUAAAAACGAAAAAUGGAAAUGUUUGCCCUAAUUUCUUUUUCAGCCUUGACUGAAAAGUUAAAACUCAUUCAGAAAAUUACAUUUGAUCUGUCAAAGUAUUUGUUAUUAUAUGCAUGGUACCUGGUAAAUAUUAUAGUGAUACAGACGGCUUAGUGGUCUUAACAAAACAACUUCAAGGUUACAUAUUGCAGAGAUGUUGUUUAACAGUAGUUGAUAGAACAAUGUCUUGGCUGGGAUUUCAUAUCCACUCACAAAUUCAAUGGUCUAAAUUAAGAAUGGGUCUGAACAUUUUGGUGUUAUUUUAUUUGAUGGUUACUCUGUCAACCUUACUAGAAUUUGAUAUCAUUAAUGUUUCCUUUUUAUUGUUCCGUUCAAUUUGUUUUGGAAGCAAAUUUGGCAUUUGAAUAAGUAAGAUAUUCAUGAUGAGAAACCAUUUUGCAGAACAAUUUAUAAGUAUAAAAUGUAUAUACAGCAACGCUAACAGUAUUUAUAGGUAUAAAGUGUAUAUACAGCAAUGCUAACAUUAUUUAUAAGUAUAAAGUGUAUAUACAGCAACGCUAGCAUUAUUUA